GCGAGACUGGAAACCAACACGAACGAAAGAGAGAGACACCUGAGGCACUGAAGAGUCCACUUACACCAAAAACUCAAGCUCAGAAGCAGAAUAUCACAAGUUACCCAUCAAAUAAGAGAAUAUAACGCUUGAAAAUUAUGAAUCAGAUCGAGCUUUCCGUUCCAUAUGAUAAUGGAUAUGAACCGGACGACUACAUGAUGCAGGAGGAAGAAUGGGACCGGGAUUUACUACUGGAUCCAGCAUGGGAAAAACAGCAACGGAAGACAUUCACGGCUUGGUGUAACUCUCACCUGAGGAAAGCUGGGACACAGAUUGAGAACAUAGAGGAAGACUUCAGGAAUGGCCUCAAACUAAUGCUACUGCUUGAAGUCAUCUCAGGUGAGAGGUUACCCAAGCCUGACAGAGGAAAGAUGCGUUUUCACAAGAUAGCCAAUGUCAACAAAGCCCUUGAUUUUAUCACCAGUAAAGGAGUGAAACUGGUCUCCAUUGGAGCUGAAGAAAUUGUGGAUGGAAAUGUGAAAAUGACUCUUGGAAUGAUCUGGACCAUCAUCCUUCGCUUCGCUAUUCAGGAUAUCACUGUUGAAGAGACUUCGGCUAAAGAAGGGCUUCUGCUGUGGUGUCAGAGGAAGACUGCCCCUUACAGGAAUGUCAAUGUUCAAAACUUUCAUGUCAGCUGGAAGGAUGGCUUGGCGCUGUGCGCUCUCAUCCACAGGCACAGGCCUGACCUCAUUGACUACGCCAAACUCAACAAGGAUGAUCCACUGGGUAAUCUGAAUUUGGCAUUUGACAUUGCUGAAAAACAUCUGGACAUCCCCAAAAUGCUGGAUGCAGAGGACAUCCUGAACACCCCAAAGCCUGAUGAGAGAGCUAUUAUGACAUAUGUGUCUUGCUUCUACCAUGCCUUUGCUGGAGCUGAACAGGCUGAAACUGCUGCUAACAGGAUCUGUAAGGUGCUGGGAGUGAAUCAGGAAAAUGAGAAGUUGAUGGAGGAUUAUGAAAGACUGGCUAGUGAGCUGUUGGAGUGGAUCAGGCGUACCAUUCCCUGGCUGGAGAAUCGUGUGCCGGAGAAGACCAUGUCGGAGAUGCAGCGGAAGCUGGAGGAUUUCCGAGAUUACCGCAGGAUGCACAAACCUCCCAAAGUGCAGGAGAAGUGUCAACUGGAGAUCAGCUUCAAUACCCUGCAGACUAAACUCCGCAUCAGCAACCGACCUGCAUUUAUGCCCUCUGAGGGCAAGAUGGUUUCGGACAUAGCAAGUGCAUGGCAGGGGCUGGAACAGGCAGAAAAGGGCUAUGAGGAAUGGCUGCUGACGGAAAUCAGGAGACUGGAAAGAUUGGACCAUCUAGCAGAGAAAUUUAGACAGAAAGCUACCAACCAUGAGACCUGGGCUGCAGGUAAGGAGGAGAUGCUGACCCGGAAGGACUACGAGUCAGCAUCUUUACUGGAGGUCCGAGCUUUGCUGAGGAAACACGAGGCAUUUGAGAGUGACCUUUCUGCCCAUCAGGACAGAGUCGAGCAGAUUGCUGCUAUUGCUCAGGAGCUCAAUGAGCUGGACUAUCAUGAUGUUGCAUCAGUGAAUCAAAGGUGUCAAAGUAUUUGUGACCUCUGGGACCAGCUGGGUACACUCACUCAGAAACGCAGAGAGGCUUUGGAGAGGACAGAGAAACUUUUGGAGACGGUGGAGCAGUUGUUUCUGGAAUACGCAAAGAGAUCUGGUCCCUUUAAUAACUGGAUGGAGGGAGCCAUGGAAGACUUACAGGAUAUGUUCAUAGUGCACAUCAUUGAAGAGGUCCAGACUCUGAUAGAUGCUCACGAGCAGUUUAAGGCCACACUUCCUGAGGCGGAUGCAGAAAGGCAGGCGAUCCUUGGCAUUCAGCAGGAAGUCCUGAAGAUCUUCCAGAAUUAUGGCAUUCGUGGAGACCUCACUAACCCCUACAGCACCAUAACUACAGAAGAGAUUGCCAUCAAGUGGGACAAGGUGAAGAAACUGGUUCCCCAGCGUGACAGUGCACUGCAGGAGGAGUUAGCGCGACAGCAUGCUAACGAAAGGCUCAGACGCCAAUUUGCUGACCAAGCCAACCUCAUCGUACCCUGGAUACAGGCCAGGAUGGAGGAAAUUGGUCGUUGUUCUAUGGCUAUGGGUGGGACUCUUGAGGACCAGAUGACGCAGCUGAAGCAGUAUGAGCAUGUGAUCGUCAGCUAUAAACCCAACAUCGACAGACUGGAGGGAGAUCACCAACUCAUCCAGGAGUCACUUAUCUUUGACAACAAACAUACUAACUACACUAUGGAGCAUAUUCGUGUUGGCUGGGAGCUCCUUUUGACUACGAUUGCUCGCACUAUUAACGAAAUUGAGACUCAAAUUCUGACACGUGAUGCAAAGGGCAUCAGCCAGGAGCAGAUGAAUGAAUUCCGAUCCUCUUUCAACCAUUUUGAUCGGAAGAAGAAUGGGGCGAUGGAUUCUGAUGACUUUAGAGCCUGUCUAAUCUCGAUGGGUUAUGAUCUGGGUGAGGUGGAGUUUGCCCGGAUCAUGAUGCUGGUUGAUCCAAACACUUCAGGUGUUGUGUCAUUCCAGUCUUUCAUUGACUUCAUGACAAGAGAGACAGCGGACACAGACACAGCUGAACAGGUCAUCGCUUCCUUCAGGAUCCUCGCUGCAGACAAGCCAUAUAUUCUGGCAGAUGAGUUGAGGCGAGAGCUUCCUCCAGACCAGGCAGAGUACUGCAUCAGCAGGAUGCCCCCAUACACCAGCCCCGGGGCCCUGCCUGGAGCCCUGGACUACACUGCCUUCUCCACGGCCCUCUACGGAGAGAGUGACCUUUAACUCUCUCAACAGCUCUGACCUUUUUCAAUCCCAUCACACUUGUAAACCAAGUAAAUUCUUUAUUCAUCAGCCUCAAGAAAUUGAGACAUGGCAAAUAAACAAAAUG